AUGAAAAGGAGCAAAAACAGGAACCGAGAGAGAGAGAAACUAGAAAGAAGCCGAGAACCGGAAAAGAUGCAAGAACUGGAAAAGAAACAAGAACUGAAUAAAAAGGAAGAACCGGAAAAGAAGGAGAAACUGCAAAAGAAGGAGAAACUGCAAAAGAAGCAAGAACUGGAAAAGAAACAAGAACUGAAUAAAAAGGAAGAACCGGAAAAAGACGGAGAAAAGGAGAAAAAGAAGGAGGAAACUGGAAAAGAAGCAAGACUGAAAAAACAAGAAAAAACUGGAAUUGAAACAAAAACUAGAAAAGAAGCAAAAGCUGGAAAAGAUACAAAAACUAGAAAAGAAGCAAGAACCGGAGAAGAUACAAGAACUGGAAAAGAAGCAAGAAAUGAAAACGAAGCAAGAGCAGGAAGCGAAGGCAAAACAAAAAGGGAAAAGAAGCAAGAACGGAAAAUGAAACAAGAGCAGAAAGGAAAAGAGCAAAAACUGGAAAAGAAAGGAAGAACUGAAAAACAAACAAAAACUGGGAAGAAAAGAAGAGAAACAAAACAAGUGAACAAAGAAGAACUGAAGAGAACGAAAAGGCAGAAGGAACUGGAAAAAAAUGCAAAAAUAAAAAACAAAGAAGAAACUGAAAAAGCAGAAAAGAAAAAGAAGCAAAAACUGGAAAAAAAAAGGAAGACUGAAAAACAAACAAAAAACUGGAGAAAGCAACAGAAACUUAGAGAAAAGAAGCAGAGAACUGAAAAAGAAGCAAAACACUGGAAUGGAUUCAAAAACUAG